GGCUAUGUAGAGUUUAAUUUGAAUUACUUACUGAUUGCGUUGCUAGAAGUAAUAGUAGUUUUAUUAUUGAAGCUUUAAUAAUGAUACGUUAUUUAGGAAUCGGUUGUUUGGUUGCUGCUUCUUUGUAUAUCACACGGUGUUAUUUUGUCGGUAAAAAGUGUGCAUGUACAAAAAUAUAUGUUAACGGUGAAUAUAUAAUAGUCACCGGAGCUUCAUCUGGCAUAGGCAAAGCUACUGCAACCGAAUUAGCUCACAGAGGUGCUCGUGUUAUUUUGGCUUGCCGAGAUGUAGAAAAGGCAAGAAGAGUCAGGAAUAAAAUAAUUCUAGUCACUAUAAAAGAGUUGAUAGCUGGUCAUCAAUUGGCUGCUUUGGUCAAUAAUGCUGGGUUGUUUUAUGCGGAUCCUAAAUUAAGUGAAGAUGGAUAUGAUUUGACUUUCCAAACUAAUUAUUUAGGUCCAUUUUUGUUAACACAACUGUUGUUACCAACUUUGGAAGAAUCACCAGAAGCCCGUGUUGUAAAUAUAUCAUCUGCUGCACACUUAUCGGCACCAACUGUAUCUAUAGGCCAAUUAAUAUCUUUCGAUAAAUCGUCAUACAACAAAUUAAAUGCUUAUCGUCUGUCGAAACUGUCCCUGGUAGCCUAUUCGUUUAAACUCUCUACAUUGCUGGAAUCAAAAAAUUCAUCAGUGAAAAUAUUUGCUGUUGAUCCAGGGAAUGUUGAAACAGAGAUUUUCCGCAAUUUUCCACCAUUGUGCAAUCCGAUUUUGUAUUGGUUACAGAAACCUUUAAGACUGAUUUUAGUUAAAACUCCUUCCGAAGGUGCUCAAAGUGUAUUACACGCAUUGUUUUGCCCAAAUUUGAAAUCUAUUUAUAUAUCAAACGUGUCAGAGUCUAUGAAGUACUCUGAUGUAGUAAAAGACACUGAUUUUUGUGAUUCAUUAAUAAAGGCUAGUGAACUCUGGGUAAAGGCAUAAGAAUUAUUUAUUGUAUUUGUUCUAAAUUUAAU